AUGAUGACAGGGCUCAAAAAAGGUGAUGCGCUAUCUCCAUUACUGUUCAACAUAACAUUAGAGAAAGUGAUUCGUAAGAUACAAAAUACUAUACUCGGAAUCAAUAUAAACAAAACCACAUUGGAUGUACUCGGUUUUGCUGACGAUCUGAACCUAAUGGGAGAAAAUAAAAACACGGUAGUUGAAAAUACAAAAACACUCAUCCGUAAAGCAAAGAAGAUUGGCUUAGGAGUAAAUGAGGGAAAAACGAAAGUAAUGGAAACAGUAGCGGAGUGUGGUGAAGAAAAUUGUACAGUAGAUAACUAUGUGUUAGAGAAAACCCAAAUUUUAAGUAUUUAG